AUGGUCACCAGCAUGGGUCCCGAACAUGACCGAGCAAUCGAAUUGAGGGCAUUCGACGAGACGAAAUCCGGGGUCAAAGGCCUCGUGGAUGCUGGGAUCGCCCAAGUCCCCCGCAUAUUUGUUCAGCCGCCCGACAGCGUGGCCUGCGGUGAGGAUCGCGCGGACAUCCCAGCGAUGGACCUAGGACAUGCAAAUGCGGGCCCCACCAGUCACGAUGAGACGGCGCGGAAUAUCGGCCUCUUGGAGGAGGUGAUAGAGGGGUCCCGCGGGUUCUUUGAGCAGGAGACGGAGGACAAGAAAGGAUUCUACACCGGAGAUUUGACGAAGAGGGUCAUACACAACAGCAACAUGGCCCUUUAUAAUUCGGUAGCUGCUGAUUGGAGGGACAGCAUAUGUUGCUCCGUGGGACCAGAGCCUCCCCGGCCCGAGGAGUUGCCCGAAGCUUGCGGAGAAAUGCUGAUGGAGUACUCAAAGCAUGUGAUGAGACCGGGCUCUUGUAUGUAUGAGCUCUUAUCAAAAGCAAUAGGACUCCCCCAAAAUCACUUGAAGGGGAUGGAGUGUGGAAAGGGACACUCGAUCAUAUGCCACUACAAUCCGCCAUGCCAACCCCGAUUGACCCUAGGUGUGACAAAGCAUUCAGAGAAUGACUUCCUCACAAUUCUCCUCCAAGGUCAAAUUGGAGGACUUCAAGUGCUUCAUGAGAACCGGUGGAUUGCGGUUCCUCCAAUUCCUGGAGCACUAGUGAUCAACAUGGGAGAUCUUUUGCAGCUCAUAACGAAUGACAAGUUUAAGAGUGUCGAGCAUCGAGUCAUGGCAAACAAGAGAGGCCCGAGAGUGUCGGUGGCAUGCUUUUUUGACCACAUUCCUCAGCCAUCUUCGAGGUUGUAUGGACCCAUCAAGGAAUUAACAUCAACAAACAACCCACCAAUUUACAAGGAGACUACACUUCCAAACUACACUGCCCAUUACAUUUCCAAGGGCGUACAUGGAACUUCUGCCCUUCCCGAUUUCAAGUUGUAGACUUUGUAAACAGGAAGAUUAGGAGAUAAUGGGCAAAAGUUAUUCAUGGUAUUCGGUGGGAUUUCUCUUCAUUGGAGGGGUAACUUUUUUACAUCCUC